GAUUCAUUACAAAAUACCUACCUAAUAAAGUACAUACCCAGAGUACAUCAGAUUAAAGCCAAAAUACCUACCUAAUAAAGUACAUACCCAGAGUACAUCAGAUUGAAUUAUUACUAAAUUACAAUCUACAAGUAUAAACUGCUGAACUUUUAACAAAUACAUAACAAACUCUUUCAAUUUCUAUAUCUUAUUUUUCAAUCUCCUCCAACUAAGAUACAGCUCCAGAUAUUUUAUCAAUUAACGCUCCAACAAUCGAUCGACUUUGUUAAUCGCAACUAGUAAAAAUCAAGAGCAAUAAUUCCUCAUGUGAGCCCAGUUAAAGAAAAUCGAAACAAAGUCGUACAAUCUCAGUUUGCAGUCGAGUGCAUCUUGCAACCCGUUCGCGAACGCCUCCUCAGUUACAUCGUGCACAGAAUCGUGACUGAAUGAACCAGUAACUAUUUUUGUUCCUAUAAUCUUUAUUUCGCGAUCGUCGAUGCAAAUACAUUCGUUUCCUUACUUUCUGUUGUAGCAUCGAUUCGCUGCUAAACGUUCGCUCAAGGUCUCCGUAUUAAUACGCAUGCAUCUCGAGGCAACUUCAUCCAAUGCGCCUACGCGUCUCAUCGACGGUCACACGACAUCUUCUCAUACAGUUUUCUGAAGAAUAUCUCGUGCACCAAGCCUGGUCGUUCGAUCGACACACUUGUUUUAUUUACGCUGGACUGGACCAUUUUCGUUAGUCUUCUCUCUUCCUCUCUGUUUCUCCUUGUCUCCCUCUCUCAAUGAUACAUGUAAGUCUCCCUACUACGAUUCUCCGAUUCUCACACGUUAACUUCCAUCUCGUUCCGCGUUACGCGCAAUACAAACCGUUGUUUUAUCUCACGAGCCUUUCUUUAGUUAUACUCGCGAGCCAUAGACGUGUACAGUUCUUCGUCCUGUUCGUAAUUCUCGUCGAUUUGGCAAUAGUAGGUUAGAUUGACAUCGCGCUGGCAAGAAUGUCAUUGUGUCAAUGAAAUAGAAGACUCCAGAGCUGUGUGUAAACUUUCAACUUUAAUUAGAUAUUAGACGAGAUUGUAAUAUUGAUAAAAUGAUGGACACCGAUCCGCCACAGUUUAUGUCAAAAGAUGAUGAAGUUCGAUAUUGGAUGGAACUUGCUCAUCAGAUACAUAGGAGAAAAGAGGACAUAGAAAGGGAGUUAGAGGAAUUUCAAGAAAAUUCGCAGCUAUUAGAAAAAGAAUUGGAAGCAUCCUUAGAACAGGCAGAGAAGAAUAACAGAGAACUGCGCCAACGAAAUACAAGACUAGCCACUGAAGUUGAACAAUUAAGAACUAGAUUGGAUCAACAAACAGCAGACUGUGCAAUGUUUCAAGGGAAAGCUCAGGACUUACAGACGCAACAUGAUCAUUUAUUAAAGUAUAUAAGGGAAUUAGAACAAAAAAAUGACGACUUGGAAAGAGCUCAUAGAAUAAAUAGGGUAACAGAAGAAGAGAUAGAAGCCAAACUUAAUUCUGCCAUUGAAAAGAAUGCUUUGUUAGAAUCAGAACUUGAUGAAAAGGAAGCUCUAAAAGUUAUAGUACAGAGACUGAUGGAUGAAAUUAGAGAUUUAAAACAGGAAAUCCAAGUUCAAGAAAGGCAUCAACCAGAUAAUGAUAAGUCAGCUGAUAGAGUUCGUAAUCACGUUGAUAGUAAUAAACUUCAAGUCGAAUUGGAAACACACAUGUCGCCUAGUAACCCAAUAGUACCACAAUCCAUAUCUCCAAAUAAUACAACAACUUCACCAUUAAAAAGUAAGAUCCAUAAUACUCUUCGUAAAACUAAGCGCAUGUUUUGCUUUGGACCUAAAAGAUGAUCCUUAUCAUUAUUAAAAAUAAUAAUCAAUAUACAGAAUACUUGUGUCUAACAUGUCGAAUGGAUAAGAAUGGAUAUAGAUGA